AUGAACGGAAGAAGCAUGAGACUCCCUCCAGGGUUUCGUUUUGAUCCCGAUGAUGAAGAUCUUGUGUUCGAGUAUCUUGCCAAGAAGGUCCUCAACCAUCCAAUGGACUUCGACCUCCCCGAGAUCCGUUCUUGCAAUGUUGAUCCUUGGGACUUGCUAGGAGAGAAGAAUAAGGAAGUGUAUUACUUUGUGAAGAAGGAAGAACGAGAGAAAAAGGGAAGAGAGACGUCAUCGGGUUAUUGGGAAGAGUUUGAAGAAGAAGAAGUAAUGGAGGCUGGUGGUGAUCGUAUUUGUAAUCAUUUAGAAGGAAGGAGAAAGACAUUUGCUUUCUAUAUUGGAAAAAGACCUCGAGGAACGAUAACUCCAUGGAUCAUGUACGAGUUUCGGCUUCUUUCUUCUAGAGCUUCAAGGUGGUUAUCGUCUCCUCUGUCUCGGGGUGAGGUAGGGAAAUGGAGGGCAGUGAAGGUAGUGGUGAAGGAAGAGAAUGAGGAAGAGAUGGAGGAGGAUGAGCACGAGUCAGACGAGUCUGAUGGUGAAGAAGUUGUUCAAAGCCGGUAA